ACGGGCGCAUUGACGCGCGGCCGAUGCCCGUGACGCAAGGCGGGCCCACGUGAAAGCGGCCGCGACGGCUGGGGCCGCGGGCUCCACCCAUCCCUCCCCCGCCCGCCCUCUUGUUGUUUACUACUCCGCCCACGCACACGGACCAAUGCGCCACCACCUCCUCUCCCUCCCCUUCCCUUCACCCCGUCGUGCUCUGCUGCUCUCGUGGGUUGGUCAACCCCCCACCCCCACCCCCGCGAGCGCGAGCCCACGCAUUUCCGCGAGCACCUCUCGCGCGUCACCGCCCUACAUCCACAUGGCAGCCCCGCGACCUUCGCCGUCGCCCGCGGCCUCCUAACAGCAACAGCUCGCGGUCCCGGCUGCCUAGCGCCGCGCGCCGCGCGCCAUGGCGCUGUUACUGCUACGGUGCCUGCUCCUGGCGGCAACGGCAGCGCUGGCGCAAACGCAGCCGCUGGCGUCGCGGACGGACCUAGCGGCGCUCUACACCCUACGUGCCUCGCUGGGGCUACGCGCGCGGGACUGGCCGCUGAAGGCCGACCCCUGCGCGCGGUGGGCGGGCGUGGACUGCGCCAGCGGCCGCGUCGUGGGCGUCACGGUCGCGGGUCUCCGCCGCACGCGCCUGGGCACCGCGCAGGCCCCGGGGCUCGCGCUCGACGCGCUGCGCAACCUCACCGCGCUCGCCCGCUUCAACGCGUCCGGGUUCGCGCUGCCGGGGGAGAUCCCGCCGUGGUUCGGGGCCGGCCUGCCCGCGCCGCUCGCCGUGCUCGACCUCACCUCCGCGGGAGUCAAUGGCACGCUGCCGCCCGGUCUCGGCGCGUCGGGGAACCUCACCGCCGUGCACCUGGCCGGGAACAGCCUCGCGGGUUCCGUUCCGGCCGCGCUGCUCUCCGUCGCGGGACUCCGCGUGCUCGACCUCUCCCGGAACAAUCUCACGGGACCGCUGCCCAACGUCUCUGUCUUCAUCUCUCGUGGCGCCGGCGACGCAGCCAACGCCUCCGUGUUUAACGUCUCCGGGAAUUCUCUGUUCGGCGUCGCCGCCGAUGCCAUUGGGGCGCUCACGAGGAGGUUUCAGGUCGUCGACGUGUCCAGCAACUACUUGGAUGGAGCUUGGAAUGGGUCCGACACAGGAGUGCUUGCCACGACGAAUUGCUUCUACGGUGUGCCGGGUCAGCGCAGCAGUGCGGAUUGUGAGGAGUUUUACAGGAAGCAAGGCGUCAAGCUUGUUGAUGCUCCAGCGCCCUCGCCUGUGCCUUUGCCACAGUCACCGCCUUCACCGGAGAAGAAGAAGCAGAGGAUCUCCAAAAAUGUACUCGUUGGAGUCCUUGUAGCCGCCGGAGCACUGUUGGCUCUGUUUUUUAUUGCACUGCUGUUCUGUUUGUUCAAGAGAAGAAGCAGAGGAACAAGAGGAACGAGGGGAGUGGAGCCAAAUGAGGAAGGGACGCGCUCUUCACGGAGGAGGGAUAGCAGUGUCAAUCCGGUGAUGUCAUUGCCACCGGCAGUGUCUCCAGGUGCUGAUGAUGGACCCAAGAAUGCACCUGCCGUUUCCAGUGAGUACACCUAUGAGCAGCUGGUCCUUGCCACUGGCGGUUUUGGCGAUGACAAACUCAUCAAACACGGGCAUUCGGGGGACAUUUACCAUGGUGUGUUGGAGAAUGGCUCCCAUGUCGUUGUUAAGAAGGUUGGUGCAAAGGGUGUCAACAAACAUGCGAGUGAAUUGGAUUUCUACACGAGGUACUCCCACGAAAGGAUUGUUCCUUUACUCGCGCAUUUGAGCAAUGAUGAUGACGAGUUCCUGGCUUACAAGUAUAUGCCAAAGGGGGACUUGAUCAAUGCACUGCACAAGAAACCUGUGGACACUGCAGAUGGCUUGCCCUCCCUGGAUUGGAUAACUAGACUGAAGAUUGCAACUGGCGUGGCUGAGGCUAUGUGCUUCCUUCAUGAUGAAUGUAGCCCGCCAUUAGUUCACAGAGAUAUCCAAUCAAGUAGUGUCCUUCUCGAUGAUAAAUAUGAAGUGCGACUUGGGAGUAUGAGUGACAUAUGCAUCCAGCAAAGUGGAGGAAGCCAGAAUGUCUUCACUCGGAUAUUGAGAUCGUCAAAGUCUCUCGACAAGCACACAUCAGGUCCACCGGCCACUUGUUCCUACGACGUGCUCUGCUUCGGCAAGGUGCUGCUGGAGCUGGUGACUGGCAACUUCGGCAUCAGCGGAUCAAACGACGCGGCCUCAGAAGAAUGGCUGUCGAACACGCUGAACCACAUCAACAACGGCGACAGGGCGAGCAUCGCGGGCAUCAUGGACCCGCUGCUGCUGGUGGACGAGGACCACCUGGAGGAGGUAUGGGCGGUGGCCAUCAUCGCCAAGACGUGCCUGAGCGCCAAGCCGUCGCGCCGCCCCACGGCGCGCUACGUGCUGCGCGCCCUGGAGAGCCCGCUGCGCGUGGUGCGCCAGGGCUCCUCCCGGUCGAGCUCGGCACGGCAGCAGCUGCGGAGCUCGUCGUCCCGGAGCUCGUGGCAGUCCGUGUUCCAGGGGAACAACCACCGGGUGCAGAGCCUGGACGCCGCCGCGGCGCUGGACCGGCGGCACUCGCUGCGGUCCCACGGUAGCGGAGGCGAGGCGUCGUUCUCGUUCAAGCGGACGGACGCGGCGCCGGAGCCGGAGCCGGAGCCGGCGGCGGCGGUGCUCGACGAGGACACCCUUGUUGUGUAGUGUAGGAGGAGGACGUUCCCCGGUUCUUUAUAGCCUCUUUUACAGGGCGGCAUUCUUGAUUCUUUUCUCACUCGUGAUAUCACGUCGUCAUAUGUGUGUAUAAUUUGUUCCUGUCUGAUGCGUCCAUCCGUGUUCCAACAUGACAAAAAAGAAAAUUGUGCAUAAAGAGCAUGUUUUGAAUAUUUUGAGCGAGUUUUGAACUUCA